AUGGCGCCAGCUGCCUUUUGGAAUUCGCCGCCGACGGUUUGCGUGAUGGAUGCGUCGGGCCGAUUGGGCUCCGCACUCGUCCACCGCCUUUUGCAGCGAGGAUACACCGUCCACGCCGCCGUGCACAACCACGACGAGUUGACGUGUUACGAGAGACAAUCUAGCGAUAACAAGAGGUUGAGAGUUUUUCAGUGUGAUACAUUAGAUUAUCACAGCAUUUUGGAAGCACUUAAGGGAUGCUGUGCUUUGUUCUACUCCUUUGAGCUACCUUCAGAUCACCCAACCUAUGAUGAAUGGAUGGGUGAAUUGGAAGUUAGAGCUGCACACAAUGUGCUGGAGGCGUGUGCACAGACGGACACCAUUGACAAGGUGGUUUUCACCUCGUCUGCUACGGCUGUAAUCUGGCGUGACCAUCAACACGAUAGCCUCCCGCCCGACAUGGAUGAGAGAAAUUGGAGUGACGUUAACUUUUGUAAAAAGUUCAAGUUAUGGCAUGGGCUUUCGAAAACAAUAGCCGAAAAGACAGCUUGGGCUCUUGCCAUGGACAGAGGUGUGAACAUGGUCUCGAUAAAUGCAGGCCUUUUGAUGUGCCCUGAUUUGAGCAUCAAGGAUCCCUACCUUUUGGGGGCAGCCGAGAUGUAUAAGGACGGUGUAUUUGUCACGGUCGACCUCAAAUUCUUGGUCGAUGCCCACAUUUGCGUUUUUGAGGACCCUUCUUCCUAUGGCCGAUACCUUUGCUUUAACCGAAUCAUUAACUCGAGUGACGAUGCAGUCCAGCUGGCGACCAUGCUUUUGCCACCAUCAUCAUCGGACAUGUUGGAGGAUGAGAGGUGCUAUCAGCAGAGGAUUAGUAAUGAGAAAUUGAGCAAAAUUAUGGUGGAUUUUGAGAGUGGAUUAUCAAUUUCAAACAGUGUUGAAUGA